GGUGGUGGUGGUGGUGGCACACACAUUGCCGCCACCGUGAAAAAUACCGUGAGACGAUUGCUGCGUCGUACAAAGAGUCACAGGGACGCACCCACAACACCACCAACUACUAUGACGACUACCAUAAAUCACGGUAAUCAUCGUCAGCAACAGCAACAGCAUAAUCAGCAGCAACAACAACAACAGCAACAACAAAUUAAUAAUAACGAGAAAAGUAACGCGAAGAACAAGACUAACAACGAGCAUGGCGUUAGGUGGUCAGAGAAACCACCCUCGGUUGCUAAUGCUGUUGAAAAACAGCAACAUCAGAAAACGGAUUUGAUGAACAGCUGUACCACCAGGAGUUACAUCAAACGACGUAUCAGGGAUAAGUACGGCUUCGUGGCUCGGUGCUAGGGUAACAGGCUCUUACACGCAGUUCGUGAGUUCGAAUCCUGGCA